CCGAGCCGCGCCGGGGCUGGCGGUCUCCGCAGCGGGAGGAGGAGGAGGAGGAAGGAUCUGGGGUGCCGGCGGAGCCCGGGGGGCUGAGGACCACCCGCCUCCCUCUGCGCGGGCGCCUUUGUGUCCCCCAGCCCCGGCGGAGCGAGGGGCCGCGGGCAGGGGAGCGGAUGCGAAGAGCGGCUGGUGCUGGAGGGGGAAGAGAAAAAGGGGGAUGGUGGAAGAUUUCUCUCCCUUUUUUUUUUUUUUUUUUUUUUUUUUUUUGGUGGUCUCUUCGGCAGCGGCUGUUCUUCCCCAGCGGCAGCAGCGGCAGCACAGGCAAUGACUCUGCCGCAUACGAAUCGCCUGGCCGGUGGUGCCGGCUCCGGAGACAUCACCUUGCUCUGAGGUUGCCCACCUGGAGGAGGUAAAUCGGAGCGGGGCUUUCGUCCAGAGGGGUGGGCGACGACGGGGGAGAGGAGGAAGCGAUCGCCUCCCCCAUCCCCACACACCCUCCGUCCUCCGAGAGGGAGCCUGUGUAGCAGAAGAACACGGCAGAAAAGGAGAGACUUUUUCUUCUUCCUAUUUUUUUCCCUUUUUUUUUUUUUUCCCCCAAAAUAUUGUUUUUUUCCCUCCUUGAGGGACGUUCCCUGCUUCUCAUCACCCCCUUUUCCUGCUGGCUGGGGGCUUUAGUAGUGUGGGCCAGGUCUGCUUCCUACCCCCACCCGUGGUUUUAAUGGCUGGAUUGUGGCGGCAGCUCCCGGCUGCAGGUUGUUGAGGAACUGAUGGGGACUUGCAUCUCAGGAGCCGGAGGUGACUAAAGAAAUGCUGAAUUCGGUACUCUGCAAAAAAUAGUGUGUGGAUUUUUAGCACCUGAAGAACAAGAAAAGGUCUCAGGCUCUGGAUACUGGCUGUGGGAUUUUUUUUUUAUUAUUAUUUUUUGAUUGUUUUUUUUCCCCUUUUUGGAUGUGAAUUGAAUGCCAACAGUUGAAGUGUUGGAAGCAAGUGCAGGAGGACGCUCACCUUGUUUUGUUUGAACCCUCGUUUGCUGGGAUACUUUCAAGCCCUCCUUCACAGUCAUGUGGUCAUCACAGCUGCUGUUCUUCACAAUGCUCUUAACACCGUUAGCCCAUGCAUGGAUUUCUUUUAAAACAGCUUUCAGCCGUGCUCCGGUCCCCAUGGCUGUAGUCCGAAGGGAACUGUCCUGCGAGAGUUACCCCAUAGAGCUUCGCUGCCCGGGAACAGAUGUUAUCAUGAUCGAAAGUGCCAACUACGGGAGGACUGAUGAUAAAAUCUGUGACUCUGAUCCUGCUCAGAUGGAGAAUAUCCGCUGUUAUCUGCCAGAUGCCUAUAAGAUUAUGACUCAAAGAUGCAGUAAUCGGACCCAAUGUGCAGUUGUCGCUGGCCCUGAUGUGUUUCCAGACCCUUGCCCCGGGACGUACAAGUACCUGGAAGUGCAGUACGAAUGUGUCCCUUACAAAGUGGAACAAAAAGUUUUUCUUUGCCCUGGACUGCUGAAAGGAGUCUACCAGAGCGAACACUUAUUCGAAUCUGACCACCAGUCUGGUGCCUGGUGCAAGGACCCUCUGCAGGCGUCUGACAAGAUCUACUACAUGCCCUGGACACCGUACCGGACGGACACGCUGACGGAGUACUCCUCCAAGGACGACUUCAUUGCCGGGAGGCCAACCACGACCUACAAACUCCCACACCGGGUGGAUGGCACGGGGUUCGUGGUGUACGAUGGGGCUUUGUUCUUCAACAAGGAACGAACCAGGAACAUAGUCAAGUUUGACUUGCGGACAAGGAUAAAAAGCGGGGAGGCUAUCAUAGCUAAUGCAAAUUACCAUGACACCUCUCCCUACCGCUGGGGAGGGAAGUCUGAUAUAGACCUGGCUGUGGAUGAGAACGGGCUGUGGGUAAUCUAUGCAACAGAACAAAAUAAUGGCAAAAUAGUCAUUAGCCAGUUAAACCCUUACACGUUAAGGAUUGAAGGGACGUGGGAUACUGCCUAUGACAAGAGGUCAGCUUCCAACGCCUUCAUGAUCUGUGGGAUUUUAUAUGUAGUGAAGUCUGUGUACGAAGAUGACGACAAUGAAGCCACAGGGAAUAAAAUAGACUACAUAUAUAACACUGACCAAAGCAAGGAUAGCAUGGUGGAUGUGCCCUUUCCAAACUCCUACCAGUACAUUGCUGCUGUGGAUUAUAAUCCCCGGGACAACCUCCUUUAUGUAUGGAACAACUAUCACGUUGUGAAAUAUUCCUUGGAUUUUGGCCCACUGGACAGCAGAGCAGGGCAAGCUCACCAUGGGCAGGUUUCUUACAUUGCCCCACCGAUCCACCUCGAUUCGGAUCUGGAGAGACCGUCAUCCAAGGGAGUAUCAACAUCGGGGGCUCUGGGCCCGGGGAGCACCACCGCCAGCACCACGCCACGGGUGGCCACCAGCAGCACUGGCCGUCCCACCACCACCUCGGCCUCAGGCAGGAGGAACAGGAGCACCAGUACGCCAUCGCCCAUGGCCGACAUCCCCGAUGAAAUGACCACGCACCUCCCACCCGCCUCCUCCCAGCUGCCACCGGCCGGCGCGGAGAGCUGUGACCCCAUGGAAGCCCGCGAUAUUAUGUGGUCUCGGACUCGGCAAGGCCAGGUGGCGAAGCAGCCAUGUCCCAUGGGCUCGAUAGGUGUUGCAACUUUCAGAUGUCUUGCACCAGAUGGGAUCUGGGAGCCCCAAGGACCUGAUCUCAGCAACUGCUCUUCUCCCUGGAUCAACCACAUCACUCAGAAGAUGAAGUCAGGGGAGAUGGCUGCCAACAUUGCCCGGGAGCUUGCAGAGCACACAAAAAACCACUUGUACGCUGGCGACAUCACGUACUCUGUGUCCGCCAUGGUCCAGCUGGUGAACUUGCUUGACGUGCAGCUCCGAAACCUGACUCCGGGUGGGAAGGACAGUGCUGCCCGCAGCUUAAAUAAGCUUCAGAAAAGGGAGCGCUCUUGCAGGGCCUAUGUCCAGGCCAUGGUGGAGACAGUGAACAACCUCCUGCAGCCACAGGCUCUGAAUGCGUGGAGGGACCUGAAUGCAAGCGAACAGCAGCGCGCAGCCACCAAGUUACUCGACACUGUGGAGGACAGUGCCUUCGUGCUGGCUGAUAACCUGCUGAAGACAGACAUCGUCCGGGAAAAUACUGACAAUAUCCAGCUGGAAGUUGCGAGACUUAGCACAGAUGGAAAUCUGGAAGAUCUGAAGUUUCCCCAGAACAUGGGCCAUGGGAGCGCCAUUCAGCUGUCAGCAAAUACCUUGAAACAAAAUGGUCGAAACGGUGAAAUCAGGGUAGCUUUUGUGCUGUACAACAACCUGGGCACCUAUCUCUCCACGGAGAACGCCAGCAUGAAGCUGGGAACAGAAGCAAUGUCAACUAAUCACUCUGUCAUUGUCAACUCCCCUGUCAUCACAGCAGCAAUAAACAAAGAGUUCAGCAAUAAGGUUUACCUAGCUGAUCCCGUGGUGUUUACUGUCAAGCACAUCAAGUCAGAAGAAAAUUUCAAUCCAAACUGUUCAUUCUGGAGCUAUACAAAGCGUACAAUGACAGGGUAUUGGUCUACCCAGGGAUGUCGCCUCCUGACAACUAACAAGACACACACGACAUGCUCCUGCAAUCACCUAACCAACUUUGCAGUCCUGAUGGCACACGUGGAAGUUAAGCACAGCGAUGCAGUCCAUGACCUGCUCCUGGACUUUAUCACGUGGGUUGGCAUCCUGCUCUCACUGGUCUGCCUUCUGAUCUGCAUCUUCACCUUCUGCUUCUUCCGUGGGCUGCAGAGUGACCGCAACACGAUUCACAAGAACUUGUGCAUCAGCCUCUUUGUGGCAGAACUCCUCUUCCUCAUCGGCAUCAACCGAACUGACCAGCCGAUUGCCUGUGCCGUCUUUGCUGCCCUCCUGCACUUCUUCUUCCUGGCGGCUUUCACCUGGAUGUUCCUGGAGGGGGUGCAGCUCUACAUCAUGCUGGUGGAGGUUUUCGAGAGCGAACACUCCCGGAGGAAGUACUUCUAUUUGGUUGGCUAUGGCAUGCCUGCACUGAUUGUGGCCGUAUCAGCAGCGGUGGACUACCGGAGCUACGGCACAGACAAAGUAUGUUGGCUCCGACUUGACACCUACUUCAUUUGGAGCUUUAUAGGACCGGCGACCUUGAUAAUUAUGCUUAAUGUCAUCUUCCUUGGGAUCGCUCUCUAUAAAAUGUUCCAUCAUACUGCCAUACUGAAACCUGAAUCUGGAUGUCUUGACAAUAUCAACUAUGAGGAUAACAGACCCUUCAUCAAGUCCUGGGUUAUAGGUGCAAUAGCCCUACUCUGCCUAUUAGGACUGACCUGGGCAUUCGGACUCAUGUAUAUUAAUGAAAGCACAGUCAUCAUGGCGUAUCUCUUCACCAUAUUCAAUUCUCUGCAGGGAAUGUUUAUAUUCAUUUUCCAUUGUGUCCUCCAGAAAAAGGUACGUAAAGAGUAUGGAAAAUGCCUGCGCACGCAUUGUUGUAGUGGGAAAAGUACAGACAGCUCUAUCGGCUCAGGAAAAACCUCGGGGUCACGGACACCUGGAAGAUAUUCCACAGGCUCACAGAGCCGGAUUCGUAGGAUGUGGAAUGACACAGUUCGAAAGCAGUCCGAGUCUUCCUUUAUUACUGGAGAUAUAAACAGUUCAGCUUCACUCAACAGAGGAGCCAUGGCUAAUCAUCUUAUAACCAAUGCUCUGCUUCGUCCUCAUGGCACUAACAACCCUUAUAAUACAUUGCUCGGGGAAUCGGCGGUCUAUAACAACCCUUCUGUCAGCAUGUACAACGCACAAGAGCCCUACAGAGAGACAAAGGGGCUUCUGAACAAUGCCAGGGAUACAAGUGUCACGGAUACUCUACCACUGAAUGGUAAUCACGGCAACAGCUACAGCAUCGCCAGCGGCGAGUACCUCAGCAACUGCGUGCAAAUCCUUGACCGUGGGUAUAACCACACCGAGAAUGCCCUCGAGAAAAAAAUCCUGAAGGAACUCACCUCCAACUACAUCCCUUCCUACCUGAACAACCACGAGCGCUCCAGCGAGCAGAGCCGCAACCUGAUGAACAAACUCGUCAACAGUGUGGGCGGCGGGAGCGAGGAUGACGCCAUCGUGCUGGACGAUGCCACUUCCUUCACCCACGAGGAGAGCCUGGGCCUGGAGCUCAUCCACGAGGAGUCGGACGCCCCGCUGCUGCCCCCCCGGGUGUACUCAGCGGACAACCACCAGCCUCACCUCUACAGCCGGCGGCGCAUCCCGCAAGACAACAGUGAGAGCUUUUUCCCCUUGCUGACCAACGAGCACACGGACGACCUUCAAUCGCCCAACAGGGAUUCUCUCUACACCAGUAUGCCCGCGCUGGCCGGCAUGCCCAUGACGGAAAGCGUCACCGCCAGCACCCAGACCGAUCCCCCGCCGGCCAAAAGCGGCGGCGGCGACGCCGACGAUGUUUACUACAAAAGCAUGCCCAACCUUGGCUCCAGAAACCACGUCCAUCAGCUACACACUUACUACCAGCUAGGUCGAGGCAGCAGCGACGGUUUUAUAGUCCCACCAAACAAAGAGGGAACCCCCCCGGACGGCAAUGCAAAAGGACCCGCUCAUUUGGUCACUAGUCUAUAGAAGAUUCAGCAAAAAUUAAGCAAAGAGACAACAAAAAGCCCCUCCAUAACACUCAGUUUACUGGUCUGAGUUAAUCCAAACAGUGGUAAUAUUGUGUGCACUCCUAAAUCUUCAUGCUGUUCAAAAGGAAACUCUCGGACUUUUUUUACUGGAAUUUUUAGGCCAGCCCGGAGAGGACAGUAACUGCUGCCCACCCCACCCCACCCCCCCGCCCCUUUCUCCUCCUCUCCUCCUUCCCUCCAGACAGACUUCAUUAUGUUAAUGAAAGAGAUAGAUAAUGGCACACUUUGUGGCCUUCUCAAGUUAUGCCGUGUUUGUUUAAACAAUCCUUGAUGCUGUGUUGCUCUUAAUACUGAGGACCUGAUUUAAGAGGGGGGGGAAAAAAAAAGCAAAGAAAAAAAAAAGGCCAAAAAUGUGCAUUUGAAACUAGUAGCGAUGAUGCAUCUAGGUGGGAGCGCCGCACAAAAACAAGCUAGCAAAACUCUUUCUUACCAAUCCAGAUCACGUCAUGGGUUUUGGUCACUCACAACUUGGUUUCACCGCAGCACCCUUUGCUGCGGGAGCAAACAAAACAAAAACAAAUUAAUGAGAUGGAAGGGAGUCCUAGAAUUCUGUGCUAAAGGCAUAUUUUAUGUUUUACUGUAUUAACGGAUGAUAAAAACUAAUGGCAGAAAAAGAGAAGCGAACAAUUUCUAUGUAAUGUACAGAUGCUAGCAUUGCACAUAUAGUCUGCUUUCUGUUCCUCCAGAACUUGCGUCCCUGUUAAUGUAGUGAAAAAAAAAAAAAAAAAAAGAACUUUUUUCUGUUGUGCUGGUCUUGUAAGUUUGUCUACCAGUAGGAGCAAGGGUUUUCAUAACUCCUCCUUUUCUUUUUUUUCUUUAAUUUUGUUUUGCCUCUUCCACUGCCUCUCCCCUCCAUCCCCUCCCCGUCCUGGUAAAAAAAAAAAAAUCUCACUGGGCAAAAAAAGAGUGAACAUCACUUUCUAAGAACCAUUUUAGUAACGCCAUCACCAUUUCUUUUCAGCCAAGGCAGUCUUUUUAUUUCCUCGCUGUGUAACUUUCUUCAGCCAGCGUAUUGCCGCAGACCUUUUGGCAGACAAGAGCAGGGCAAACUUCCCCGUUGACAGUGCACAACCGAUCGCGAAGAUAAUCCUGUGAAGCGUCUUUGGUGAGCAGCCCCUCACCCAGGCCAUAGGGUGGCAUCCAGGAGCUGAGAGGUGGUUUUUUUGUAGUCGUAGUGGGGGCUUCUACAGGAGACGGCCAUUUCCCUGGAGGAGCAAAGGGCCUUCAUGGCUCCGUCUGGUCCCCGGUUUAGGCACUUGUACUGCAGUGGUUAAGAAGAAAAUUGAUUGACGCAUAGUGAGCUAUAAAGUACUUUGCAGUGAUUUAAAACUUUAAAACAAACAAACAAAAAAAAAUCUUCUGUUCAUUAUUUUUCCUAACAGGAAAUUUAUUUAUUUGACAGGAUUUUUAAGUAACAUAGGCUUUCUGGAGGUAAAUUAGCAGCACGGAGUAUGAAUUCUUUUUUUUCUUUUUCUUUUUUUUUUUUUAUUUAUGAUCCAUUUUGUACGGUCUCAACAGUUGAAUGACCUCAUUACUAAUAUUUGUUGUAAAAGUGAAGCUUGUUUGCCAACCAAUAAACAACUGAUCACGAUUUAGAAGAUACUGUAUGUAUGUACUGUACGAUUAAUCUCUCUUUUUUUUGCUGUUGUUGUUCCUCUCUCCAUUACUGUCUUCAGUACGAGUCUCCACUCCUUUAUGGCAUGGGUGAGCAAUGCCAAAGAAAGGAGGCCUAAGCUGAGCAAUUUAAGCACAAAGGUUAUGCAGCCACGGCUGACUAGAAAUAUCAGGCUAGCAGUACUUGUUUAGGGGCGAGAACAACGCUGGCCGACAUUUGUUGCAGGUGAUUCUAGGUCUGUUUUGUGCCUACUGUGUAAACUAGCCGACGACACGCGGAUGAUUUGAGUAUAGUAUUUCAUGUGUCGUACCUUUUAAUCAUUGUAAUGAUUUCCUUUUUUUUAAUUAUUUUUAAUUUUUUUUUUUAAUUUUGGUUCUUCUGAGAUUAAAAACUGCUGGUAGCAUGUCAAAGAGUAAAAGAAGUCCCCGUUAGGCCUCCUCGGUCGUUGUUUGCUGUCUCUUUAUUUUCUUGCUCUGGGCAUAUGCAAAGUGCCAUCGCCGUCCUCGGCCAUAUCAUCCUUCCCGUCCCGCCACUGCCGAUGGCCCGAUGGCGUUUCACUGCUUUCCUCCAGCCUCCUCCUUCAAAUCACAUGGGGGCAAUUCGUAUUCAUCGUCAGGAUAUAGAAAGCCACAAAAUAGACUAGAAAGGUCAACAAUGAAAAUAACUGCCUCUGGACGUGCUCGGUACCAAUUUUUUGGUACGUGAUUUUUCACAAAGCCCUCCCAUGCCUUGGGCUUUGGGGUCUGGUGCUGCUUCCAUCUAAGCUGCCUCCAUCCGACUCCCAUCAAGCUGGGUAAAAGCCAAAAGAUUUGGAGCAGGCAGUGAUGCCUGUGUUAGACAAGAUAUUCCCAGUGAUGGAGGAUAAAUGUAGCAGCGGAGCAGCUCCGCUUCGUCUCGGGGUUGUCCCGGCGUGGGGUGAUGCUUCUGGGUGCUGCUCAGCAGGGGCUUGUCAGGGAGAGAGAACCAGGGGUUGGUGGUAGUUGGUGGUAUUCGUGGCCUACAAAGAGUCUGGUUUGAGUCGCCUGAGUCCUUCCUGCAGCCAAGGACUCAGGCCAAAACAUCCCAGGGAGAAAACUUCAUUUCCGACCAAGCACUGAUCACAGCUGUGCCUCUUGCUGGGUCUAGGUUUCGGCAAGAGAGCAUUUCCCAUCGGGAGACUGGGAAUCACCUGCCUUCAUAGCAAAACAGCCACUGGCCAGCCGGGUCAAGCUCUUGCACUAAAUACUCCCUCCCUGUUUCCUUUUAUUUUCCAUGGCAGCAGCGAUGGAGCUGGGGGGUGCGUGGUAGACCUAUGCCUCCAGGCAAAGCAAGCCUUUCUGACGCAGGUGGUCAUACCAGUCCAUGUACCAGCCCAACGGAGGCUGCUGAGGCUUGAAAUACUUGAAGUACCUCUUAUUUUGGAGAAAGCAAAAACUCUUUUACUGUAUUAAGAUUAAAAAAAAAAAAUAGUUUUCCAGGGAUAUGGUGGGAUUAAAUUCGUGCAGAGGGUGAGAUACACCAUGGCAAAUAUUGUCAUGAUAAAAUGGGAGGCAGGUGAUCAACACUGGCAUUUACCAGGGUGCCUGAAACUAGGCAAGGACAAACCGGUGGUGGAUUUACUAUGGGAUGAUUGUGUCUUACUGAAAAAUCUUUGACUUCCUUUACUCCGAAUGUUCGCUCUUCCGCAGCCUUUCUGCGUAUUUUGGAUUUGUCAGCAGACAGGCUGGUUUUCCCCUUUUCUCCAUCCCUUCUCACUGGAGCUUCUCUCUGCCAGCCUAUUGUGCCUAUUAGCACUUUGAUUGCAAAAGCCUCUGUUUAUUUUCAAGCUGGUUACUUCCAUCCCCAGGCUGUUCUGGCACCACAGGAUUCACUGUUGGUGCUUCAUAUAGCUUUGGAAAUAGCUGAAUCACAAAACAGAGGAGAAAUAGAUAUUAUUAAUUAUAUUAAGCCAAAAAUGGUUUACGACUGUAAUGUAGUUUGAGGAGGAAGCAGGAUAGGGAUUUUUUUUGUCAUUUUUUUUCCCCUUGAAAACAGGCUUUUGUUGCAUCAGAUUAUGGGCAUGGUGAAGGUUUCUGCUUGUCGAUAAGUAGCUCGGUAGAUACAGUUCUUAUGCGACGGGCAAUGUAGCGGUAUCUUCUGUGCAGCCUGUGAAACUCAAGUCAAUGUUAAGUCCUUGGUGCCUAAAAUGCUCCUGGGGUAGGAGGGAGAACUACAGAACUUCUAAGGCAUUUUUUAAUGCUGAGCCAAGGCGGAGAUGUGAGAAAACGAGCAGCUUGAUGAAGAGGCAGUAGCGAUUAUGGUAUUAAAUCCAUAACUAUGCUUGGGGCACAUAACUUUGCAAGCUGGGUUGAAGGGGAUAAUCAGCCCUGUAGUGGAGGCACCUUCUUUUUUCGAGCUUUGUUUAACAAAAAAAAAAGGUUCUUUUAAAAGCGAACAGAUUUGCCUUAUAGGGAGAAGAUUAAAGCUUCAUCGUUCAACUGCAAUAAGCAUCCUGCUUUCAAUGAAAACCAAACAGAAUAGGGGCAAACAGGCAGUGCUCGGUCUGACGAAAAUAUCACCCUGAUACAUAGACCCCCCCUUUCUGAAACCUGGGGCCACCUUUGUGAGGCACGGCUUGCCAGGCGUGUUUGGAGUGGGGACUGUCAAUGUCAAUCUCUUGCUUGAGGCGUCCUUUUGGAAAGUCUUGCUUGCAGGCGAGAAGAAGGGGAUGGAGAAGUGUGAGGCUCCAUGCCUUGCGUUUUCCUGGAAAUCAUCUUGGGAUGCUCUGCCAGUUGUGAAUCCCUUUUUUCCCUCACCUCUUCUAAUUUGUGCGGGACUGGAUUAUUUUUCCUGUGCAAUCCCAUCGCAGGCUGCCCCAUAACAAGCUGAUGUACCAGUUUACCGUGCCAUUGCUAUGCUUUCUACUGCUUAAGGAUGCUUUGGCUCCAAUGGGCAACGCCUGCCCAUUUUCUGCGAGAGCCAUAAGAGAUUGUAAAGAUCUCCCCAAAAUAUGUGAAGGAGGGACACAAGAGGAAAGACUUGCCAAGAAAGACUACGUAGGCUGGAGGGUUGCUGGGGAUGGGGUGUAUUUGUCACAGCUUUGGAGGCCCUGUGUAGGCAAUAUUACUUACCACGGUGCGGCUCCUUUCUGCCUGUUGGUUGCAUUUAAUUCCCUGAAAUCUGUGGUUGUUAACCAAUGUUUUUCCUUCCUCCCUGCCCCCAGGCAAUGAGCAGUGAGAUGCUUCAGAGGGCUGGGGGAAAUGGUGGUGGCGGUGGGAGGCGCUGAGCUCCAGAGGGUCCUUGCGUGUGUCUCUGUGUGUCCCUAUUGCCUGCACCCCUCUUCCCUCUUCUCUGGUGAGCUGGCCUCUCUCUCACACCCCCCCAUAUGCUCUUGAUCUUAUGAAGAAUACAAUACCCUGCAGACUUGCCUAGACAACAGGGAUAAAAAGAUAGCUCUUCUUAUUAAAAAGCUAUCUCAGGAAAGCCUGAGAGCACCAGCUUGGUCAUCUGUCACACCCUGAUCUCCUCCUUACAUUUAGAAAGAAAAGUCCUUUAGUUAUAGCUGCCUGCUGCAUUCAGCUAGACUCUAUGCAAAUUUUAUUUAAUGAAUAUUUUAGGGUUUAAAUAGUCUGUGCUCAUGAACAUUAUAUAUGUGUCAUGUCGUCGCAGGCGCUCUGGUAGCAGCGUGGAGAACAUCCUGCAGCGUAAAGCUGAAACCAGACAAAAUCGCUCGCAGGGAAGGCAGCGGUGGUCGCGUUAGCAGUGGUGUCCUCAGCAGGGACAUGGGCAGCGUGGCCGGGGGAGAGCACCCAAAGGGGUGCCCCUGGGGGGGGCAGCGGCACCCCCCACCCUGCACCGAGCAUCGUUUUGUUCAGCACAGGCAGCUGGCGUGGGGUCAGUUUUGCUCUUCCAAGGGCUUUGGCAAGCCGUAGGGAUGCACGGAUCACACACCAGGUCAUACGUCAUCCCAGUUCAGGAGGGAUGGUCUGUUUAAUGCUGAAAUAUUGAGGCUAGCCAGGAUAGCUUGGAAAUCUUCCUUUUUCACAUCAGAAUAGCUUUUCACAGGUGCUUACUGUUUAUUGUACUUGGUACGCCAGACAGAUGGUGAUAGUCUUCUCCAGCAAAAUGCCAACAAGAAAAAAAAGAUCACUGUAGCUAUUUGCUGUCUUUUUAUUUCUUUAUCCUCCACCGUUUUUCUUUUCAUAUAGUUCUACUACUUAAAUACGCUGUACAUGUGUAAAAAGUGAAGCUAAAACCUCAAUAAAUAAAAAAAGUAUUGGUAUACAGAGCAGUUACUAUGUGCUGGAAGCAAAUGCUUGAUAUUUUGACAGCGUUGCUUAAAAGCCCAAACAGAAACUUAAAAGGCACAAGCAUAACUGCUGCGCAACCUCCUCAGCUGGUGUGCAUGGGAACACUUGUACGGAUGACCCGGUAUCUCCGACUGCCACUUAUAAUCGACUGCAUCUUAUGUUACGACUUUGGAAAGGUUAUUUCCCACAGCAGGAUGCUCGAUGGGUAAAUUAUGGCUAUAAUAAAACUGUUUUCAGCCUGUCUUCUCCCACUUCUCUCAAAGGCAUCUCAGGCUGAGUUUAAUUUGGGUCCCCUAUGGCAGAGAAGCUCAAUGCAGGCGGGAGCCCUGCAGGCUCUGUGUCCCAUCGGCACCAAAGGCAGCUCGUGCCUUUCGAUGGGCACGAGCCUGCGGUAACAUCCGCUGAUAAACGUUUUGGGGGGAUGGAUGUUGAAAACCAAGCGGUCAAUGAGGGCAGAGG